AUGCGAACGGUGUGCGUGGAGAAGAGUCCGACGCUUGGCGGCACGUGCCUGAAUGUGGGAUGCAUCCCGUCCAAGUCUCUGCUCAACAACUCGCUGUAUUAUCACAUGGCAAAGCACGGCGAACUGAGCAGUCGAGGUUGCACGCUUUAUGCUGUCUUUUUUCGUGUUCUUUCUUUGCCACAUGCCCAGAAUGCUGUGGUCACUGUGAAAUUAUCGAAGGGUGGCGAGGAACAGAUUGUGACACGCAACAUACUCGUUGCAUCCGGAUCCGAAGUGACGCCCUUCCCCGGCAUACCCAUUGAUGAGGAACAGAUUGUUUCAUCGACAGGUGCGCUAUCCCUGAAGAAAGUGCCAAAGCAAAUGAUAGUCAUUGGAGCGGGUGUUAUUGGCACUGAGCUGGUAACCUAUUGA